UCUGGAUAGCAAGGGAAACACACACCUGUACUCAAACUCAGAGCAAUACUGUUUGCGACCAUGAAGCUUACAAUACUACUCUGCGCUACUGUGCUGCUCUCUCUCUCUGUUUUUGCCAUGGAUGACAAGAAAGUCCCACAGCCUAGAGAGGCGAGGUGUGAUGUAUAUAAAGGAAACAUGUGCUCCAGAGAGUUUGAUCCAGUGUGUGGGAGCGAUGGCAACACUUAUAACACAGAGUGUGUGCUGUGUCAGGAGAACAAGCUCAAACAAAAGAAUGUCCUGGUCAAACACAGAGGAGUGUGUGAGGCAUAACAGGAGAGUCUCAACACGUCUAGCCAACAUUGC